GCUCCAUUUUUGAUUUUUACUUAACGUUGUUUUACGUUAAUAUUUAUAUUUUGUUAAUAUUUGUAAUUAUUUUUUAUUAGCUACAAUAUAAGAAACAUGGGAAAGCCUAUUUUAAAAUUAGACAAAAACCAAAAUAUCCAAGUUGCUGUAAGGUGUCGGCCAAGGAACAGUCAAGAAAUUAAGGCUGGUUCUGCUGAUGUCGUUGACAUAAAUAAUCAAACCAAAGAGAUAACUGUACGCCAAGACAUGAAUUAUAUGGAUAAAGGCAACAAUAAAACUUUUUCAUUUGAUAAAGUAUUUGGACCCAAGUCUAAACAAAUUGAUAUAUAUCAGUCUAUGGUUUGUCCUGUUAUUGAUGAAGUACUUCAAGGAUAUAAUUGCACAAUAUUUGCAUAUGGACAAACUGGAACAGGAAAAACCUUUACAAUGGAAGGUGACAGAUUAGACUCCGAAGAAUUUUCAUGGCAAGAUGAUCCAUUAGCUGGCAUUAUUCCUCGUGCAAUGCAUCAACUUUUUGAAUUGCUUAACAUUAUGGAAGAAUGUGCAGAAUUUUCUGUGCGUGUAUCGUUUCUCGAAAUAUAUAAUGAAGAAUUGUUUGACUUGCUGGGAACUUCACUUGACUCUCAAAAAUUGAGAUUGUUUGAAGAUACAACAAAAAAGGGAUCAGUUGUGAUUCAAGGUUUAGAGGAAGUUAUAGUGCAUAGUCGAAAUGAAGUUUAUCAUAUUUUAGAACGUGGAGCGGCACGUCGUCAGACAGCUGCAACAUUACUGAAUGCUCAAUCAAGUCGUUCGCAUUCUCUGUUUAUGGUGACAAUACACAUGAAAGAAAAUAAUAUUAAUGGUGAAGAGUUUUUGAAAACAGGAAAAUUAAACUUGGUUGAUUUGGCUGGUAGUGAGAAUAUUGGAAGAUCUGGCGCAGUUGAAAAAAGAGCCAGAGAAGCAGGAACAAUAAAUCAAAGUUUACUAACUCUUGGUCGUGUUAUAACUGCAUUGGUGGAAAAUGCUCCUCAUGUCCCCUAUAGAGAAAGUAAGUUAACUCGUCUUCUAAAAGACUCUUUAGGAGGAAGAACCAAAACAUCAAUUAUUGCUACAAUAUCACCUGCAGCUUGUAAUUUAGAGGAAACCUUGAGCACUCUUGACUAUGCUCAAAGAGCAAAAAAUAUUACAAAUAAACCUGAAAUAAACCAGAAGCUAACAAAGAAGGCACUAAUAAAGGAAUAUACAGAGGAAAUUGAGAAGCUUAAAAAAGAUUUAUUUGCUGCCCGAGAAAAAAAUGGAAUUUUUAUUGCAGAAGAUAAUUAUAUUUUAAUGCAAAAUCAAUUAUCAUCCCAAAAAUCAAGUUUGCGUGAAUAUGUUGAAAAAAUACAAUUUAUGGAAGAAGAAAUGAAAAAAACAGAACAACUUUUUGCAUCAAUGCAACAAAAAUUAGAAAAAACUACUCAGCAUUUACAAUGGAUAAAGCAGGAGCGAGAUGAAACAAAAGUACUUGUGUCAAAGCAUGUAGAAACAGAGCAGCAACUCUUCAAUCAAGCUAGUGAACUGCUCGAUACAGUUGAAGAAACAAUAAAUCACAAAAAUAUUUUGCAUUCCUCAUUGGAUCGUAACAAAAAUUUACAUGUUGUAAACCUAUUGAGCAGUCAGAAGUUCAAAGAAAAUGCUCAUGCAAAAGUUUCUAGCUUGAAUGAAAGCAUAAUAAAUGGAAGACAUUCUAGUUUUGCGUAUCAUCAAGAUAUUGUCACUGAACUUAAUAAUUUUAAAUCUGAGAAAGCCUCAUCUUACAAUCAAUUGAGCAAAAUAAUAAACAUAUCUGUUGAAGAGAUUUAUAAGUGCCUUGAAAUUGCAAGAACAAAGCAGAAUGAGAUCAAAUCAGAGUGUACUAAAAAAGAUCUAUUAUUUUCUCAUAAUGUUGAAACCUGCAAAAAUGAAACACUACAAGCUAUUAAUAAUUAUCAUAAAGAAAUUUUUACUAAUGCUUUAAAAGAGUUUCAUGAGUGUAUUUUACGAAUGCAAGAAUGCGAUGAAAGACUUGUAAACUCAGUUAAUGCAAUGACAGAGCAUUUUUGUGAAACAACAAAAGGUUUCAUUGAAAAACAAACUGUUGAACUUAGAGAUCUUGGUCAAACAGUUGAUGAGCAUAUAUGUUGUCAGAAAGAAGCAAUUGAAAAAGUUAAUUCAUAUGUAGAAAAAACUGUGCAGAAUCAAGAUAAAAUGCAAAAGGAGCUCAAAGAUGGUUUUAUCAAAAGUUUACAAGCAUCUAUACUUGAUGUUGUGGAAAAAAAUUUCUCUAACUUAUUCCAAACACAGCAAACUCAACUUCAAGAAGACACACAAAUGAUAUGCUCAGAACUAUCUUGUCAAACAGAAAAUGAAUCAAACUUUAAAAAUAGUAUUUCGAGCAAAUUAAAAGACAUGAAUCUUACAGCUAUAUCUACAGUUGAUGGUAUUACAACAUUAGCUUAUCAAAAUCUUCAAUAUGCAACUGAAAAUAUAGAUGCUUUAAAGACAUGUGCAAAUUCUCUGAAGACCAAAUUAGAUGAUCUUGAAAAAAAUGAGACUUCAUUUGAAAAUGUUUUAAUAGAUAAUAGUAACAAGUAUCAUGAUAUGACUUUAAAAAGCUACAAAGAGCUUGUAACUCUAUCUGACAAUUUGAUAUCAGAAAAUCACAAAAAUAUAAAUGAACUUCAAACCUUGCAUAAUUCUUUAUGUGAUCAAUGUUUGUCAAAUAUUAAUACUCAAGUACUGAGCUGUGAUAGUGUUAUAGAUGGAUUGACUGAAAAAAUGAAACAGAAUCAAGCUGACUCAAUGAAUCACAGUCUCAGUCUUGAAAAUGGUUUACAUUUGCUGGAAAAUGAUAUCAUUGAAUUUGUUGAAGAGGAGCUGAAACAGGACUCUCCAACUGGUUUGACGCCUAGCCAAAAAGAGUAUAACUACCCUCGUUCCUUGCAACGUACUCAGGAACAUGAACAAAUUAUUAAUGAGUAUCGCCAACGCCAUGAUAUUCCUCCACUUCCUUCCUUAUUGGAGUAUGAGUCAGAUGAGAAUCACGAUGGUUCGUUUUUACAACAGAGCGAAGAUAAACAAAAGGAAAGCGAAUUUCUUAUACCUCGUAGUCCUGAUGAAACUGGAAACGAAGUUCUUAGCAUCGAUACUGCUUCAGACAAAGAAAAUAGAAAUGCACUUUUAAACAAUUACUAUUCAUCUGCUUCAAAAAUUGGCAAUAAUCGACCUCGAAUUCCAUUGCGUUCUUCAAACACGCUGUCUUGAUAAUGCAUUUUUUGUGUACUUUUUAUGAAACAUAAAGUUCUAUAAUUAGUUUUACAUCAACGUUCUGGAGAAGGUUGUGGUUUGUUCCUUUGUUUUUGAGGCUGCGUUUUUUGAAUGUAAUUCAAAGCAGCUAGUUUUAUAAGUAAAAAAAAUUGUAAAAAGAAACUUUUACAUAUAACAAAAAAAAACUGUAACAACAACAAAAAAUCAAACUAAAUAAUAGA